AUGAUAUUUGUGAAUGAUAGCUUAGAAGUUGUGGAUCGGAAGAGUAGUUUAAGUAGAUACAUCAUUUAUAUCGCAACACAGAAGCGGUGCAAAAUCACUCGACGCAAGUCACGCUUUUUGAGUUCAAAUGCCAAUGUUAGUGAUGCAUCAUCGCCAACUUCUGAUAUCAUAGUUUCUGAAAAUUCUUCUAAAAAAUCUCGAAGAGUUGAUGUAAAUGAAUUUGAUAUUAGUUCAUUAGAGUUUGAUCCUGGAUUGCGUCGUCAGAUAUGGGAGUAUAAUGUUAAUCAACGGGAUGAAAUUCGACGAGCUUACAUUAAAGCUAGUCCGUACCAAAUAAUCCUCCCACAUUACCCAAAAUCUGGAGAUAAAAAUCAUCUUCGUAGCUUUCAACCUUCGUGGUACAAUCUAUUUCCUUCAUGGCUUGAAUAUUCGCGCGAAAAAGAUGCAGCAUUUUGUCUACCAUGCUUUCUCUUUAAUAAGCCAUCUGGGCAUCCUACGCAACGUGUAUUCACUAUAGAUGGAUUCAAGAGUUGGAAGAAAGUUAGAGAUGGAAAAAAUUGUGCUUUUCUCAAUCAUAUAGGAAAAGAUCCUAAUUCAUUUCACAGAAUUGCUGAGAGGUCAUACGAAGACUUGAAGAACCAGUCUCAACACAUCCAAAAUGUGUUUGAAAAUUUCACUUCUGAACAAAUUGCAAACAAUCGAUUGCAGUUAAAAGCCUCAAUUGAUGUUGUUCGAAUGCUUGCAUUUCAAGGUGUUGCUUUUAGAGGUCGGGAUGAAAGUGUGGAUUCAACGAAUCGUGGAAAUUUUCUUGAAAUAUUGAAUUUAAUGGUUUCAUAUAAUGAACAGAUUGCUGAAGUAAUAGCUAAAGCUCCAAAAAAUGCCUCUUAUACAUCACCAAUGAUACAGAAAGAAAUUUUACAUAUUUUUUCAACCAAAGUGAAAGAGACAAUUCGCAAAGAAAUUGGUAAUGCAAAGUUUUGCAUAAUGGUUGAUGAAGCUCGUGAUGAGUCAAUGAAAGAGCAAAUGACUAUAGUUUUAAGAUUUGUCGACAAAGAUGGUUUUGUGCGGGAACCUUUUUUUGGGCUUGUUCAUGUCGCUAAUACCGCGGCACCAACCCUACAAAAGGGUAUAUAUUUUGUAUUGUCUCAACAUAAGUUAGCCAUUGAAAAUAUUCGAGGGCAAGGAUAUGACGGUGCAAGUAACAUGCGAGAAUUGCAGAUUUCUCAAACUGCUGAAAUUGCUUACCUGAUGGAAAUUAAUGAGAUUGAGAGUGGAAGGGGACUUAAUCAAAUUAGUACUUUACAACGGGCUGGAGAUACUCGUUGGAGUUCUCACUUGAGAUCAGUUUCUAGCUUGAUCAAAAUUUUUAGUCCAGCUUGUGAAGUUAUUCUUAAAAUCAUUGAUGUGGGAACUACUUCUUCCCAACGAGCAGAAGCAGAUUCAGUUUAUCAGGUAAUGACUUCAUUUGAAUUUGUCUUCAUAUUGCAUCUCAUGAAAGAAACGAUGCAGAUUACUAAUCAUCUAUGUCAAGAAUUGCAAUCAAAAUCUCAAGACAUUUUAAGUGCUAUGAAUCUUGUUUCAUCAACUAAAGCAUAUAUCCAACAAUAUAGAGAUGAUAAAUGGGAUGAUUUACUUACCAAUGUAAAGUCAUUUUGCGAGAAACGCAAUAUAGAUGUCCCAGAUAUGAAUGCCCGUUAUGUUGAGAGGCGAGGUCGAGCUCGCCAUCAACAAGCCGACUUUACAAUUGAGCAACAUUAUCGAGUGGAUAUUUUUUGUGCCUCUAUAGAUUCUCAAUUGCAAGAAUUAAAUCGCCGAUUUAGUGAGCAUGCAGUGGAGUUGCUUAUUCUCGGCUCAGCUCUUGAUCCUCGAGCCGCACGUGAAUCUUUUAGAAUUGAUGAUAUUUGUCAGUUAGUAAACAAGUUUUAUCCGCAAGAUUUUACUGAUCUUGAAAAGGAACAGUUGGAAAUAGAACUUAACCAUUAUAAGCAUAAUGUAGUUCAACAUUCGAGUUUCCAAGCACUGUCAAAUAUUUCUGAAUUGUGCCAAUGGUUGGUUAGUACCGGAAAAUCAGCUAUCUACCAACUUGUUUUUCGAGUUAUUGUACUUGUGCUUACUCUUCCUGUUUCUACCGCAACUACAGAAUGA